CGGUCUGUGCUCCGUGGCCGCCGCCUCCGGCCUGCGCGCUGCGGCCGCCAGCAAGCCACGCCACCCCUACGUCAGCGCGCAGAGCCCCGGCCACCAAUCACAACCCGGCGGCCGAGGGACCGAGCUAGGAGCAGACUUCUCCCUUUUGAGGAAGAGUAUGAAAAUCUGUUCAUCCAGCCGAAGCAGUCUGCUGAUCUUUGUGCUUCUCAUUUGUGUGACAUUUGUAAUCUACUAUUUCCUCCCCAACGCCCUGCUUGCUAGCUCCAAGCCUACGAGGCUGCCUCAGUCACUGGGCAUGAUUCGCACACAACUGCUUUCCGUCAAUGUCACUCAAAAUGCAGGAACCGUGAAUGUGUUCUAUAGGGAAGCUCUACCUCCAGAAAAGGAUGGAGGAAGCUCACAGCCUAGACUGGAAGUAUUACUGCUGCAUGGGCAGGCGUUCAGCUCUCAGACCUGGGAAAGCCUUGGGACACUCAAUCUUCUCGCACAGCAAGGGUACCGAGCUGUAGCAAUGGACUUACCAGGCUUUGGAAAUACCCCACCAAUGGAGAUUGGGAAAAUGAACAAGGCUGACUUCUUGCUGACCUUCCUGAAUACUGUGAGACUUCAGACCCCAGUCAUGAUCAGUCCAUCAAUGAGCGGCCAAUUCUCCAUCCCCUUCGUGAUGCUUCACAGCCAGAGACUAAAGGGCUUUGUUCCCAUUGCACCUGUGGGGACAAAUGCCUACAGUGCCGAGCAGUAUCAGAAAAUUCAGACUCCGACACUCGUGGUAUAUGGAGAAAUGGACACAAAUCUGGGUGCACAGUCCUUGAAUAACUUGAGACAUCUUCCGCAUCACAGCAUCUCCAAAAUUCCUGCAGCCCGUCAUGCUUGCUAUCUGGAUGAGCCACAGAAGUUUCACGAUGCUCUGCUAGACUUUCUAACUAAAAUUCAGUGAAUGUAUGCUAUGCAGUAUGUCCUUGCCAAACAGUCGAGGUCAGUACUGAUGAGACACAAGAGACUGCAGAUGCUAGAAUCUUAAGUAUAAAACAGCUGUUGGAUAAUCUUCAUGGGUCAUUCAACAUCUAUCGAAGGAAAUGGACAGCUAAUGUUUUAGGUUGGGACCAGUUUAAAAAAAUCUGUCCAUUUCCCUCCGCUAGUUUUCAGCAGUUUGUUAUUGUACUCAAGACCAGUCCUGAACCAACUUCCAAAGCAGCUGAACUUCUCAACUUUCUCUAUUCUUAAAGAGAAACUCUGCAACAUGAACCCAUUUAAACAUAAAGCAUUCAAUAACAACAAAUACCAAUUUUUUGGGUGUCAACAAGAAGUUCCACAAAAAAUAAUUAAUCUAAAUAUUUGACAGAAACUGACAUUAAAAUUAGUUUUGCAAUGUAAAGUCAAGUUGUGGGCUGAAUGUUAAACAUACUGCAGUAAAACUCAAUCUGGAAUGCACAGGUCAGCAUACUUUUUGUCUAUUGAAUCUUAAUGUUAAUACUCAUCACUUAUACACUAGUUCAGUUCAGAUUAUUGUCACAUGUACCGAGGUACAGUGAAAAGCUUUUUGUUGCAUGCUAACCUGUCAGCAGAAAGACAAUACAUGAUUACAAUCAAUCAAUUUACAGUGUAUCGAUACAUGAUAAGGGAAUAACAUUUAGUGCAAGGUACAGCCAGCAAAGUCUGAUCAAGGAUAGUUCAAGCGUCACCAAAGAGGUAGAUAGUAGUUCUGCACUGCUCACUGUAGAAUAACUUUCCUGUGAACCCAUUAAGUUUAAAUUGUGAGGGAAGCAAGGUUCUAGUAAAUUCAAAGGAAACAUAACCACUUAAGUUUCAAUUAAAUGUUGCCAACAGA